AUGUCAAAAAGAUAUGUUAAAUUUGGUCUGGAUGCUCUUUGCGCCCUUGUUUCGGCGCUGCCCCAUGUUUCUUCACCCAUCUCUAGGAUCGACAAGAUGAUGGAGGAAGGAUUUAACAAGAAUGGAAAGGAGGUUAUCGCGAAACUUCCAUGUCCUAGGGUUGUUCCACCACAACAUAGCACUGCAUCCGAAGCAGCCGUCAUGAAAUACGUGAGGUCUCAUACCUCUGUCCCAGUCUCAGAAGCCUCGAAUCCAGUUGGGUCCGAGUAUAUUCUGAUGGAAAGGGCCUGCGGAAGACAGUUGGUCGAGGUAUGGGGCGAAAUGAAUCAGCUGCAACAGUUCAGGCUUGUUCAAUGUUUGGUCCAGCUUCAAAGCCAGCUGGCAGCUUUGGAGGUUCCAGCCUAUGGAAAUAUGUACUUUCUUCCCUCAGACUGGCCCUCUUUUCUUGCCCCACCUGAUGGCUAUGAAAUCGCCUUUGCUAUCAGCGAGAGAGAACAAGCUCUGCUUUCGAAGUGCUACGAAGCAUCGCUGGUCAAAAACCACAUGAGAUCGUACCUGGCUAUGACUCAAGUUGACUCUGCAAUCAGGUAUCUAUUCAUGUUCACAGAGAACACGACCAAGGAUGGAAUAAUUCCCCUCCGUGACUAUGAUGAAGGUUGGAUUUCCCCUCAGCUUGACUUCGAGAAGGUCCAGGCAAGACAUGCCGAGCUCUUCCAGCUAUACAUCGAGAAAGAAACCGAAGAAAUAUCUGAGGAAGAGGCAAGAAGGCUUUGGUUCUACUUAGAGAACACCUAG